UUCUCUCACUUAGAGAAAGGUCUUUCCUCUUCAAAUCUUUCAGGUUUUUGUGGGAUCUUAGUUCCCCAACCAGGGACCGAGCACGUGCCCCCUGCAGUGGAAGCCUAAAGUCAACCACUGGGCGGCCAGGGAAGUUGCAUUAGGUGUUACUCUGGGAGGAGAAGCUGCCAAGGGCCUGAUUUUGGUGGGGAGGGACCCACCUGGGGCAGUGCGGGGGACGUCAGUAGGGAGCCGCGGGCCUGGCUCUAUUUAUGAAAGGAACGAGAGGCCGAAGUCCAGGAAGGUGUGCAGGGAGAGAGCAACCCGGUCUCUGGGCCCCUCCCCCGACCGUGAUCUCCAGGCGCCCCUGCCCUUUGAGCCCCGGGGCGUCUCGGGCGCUGGCACACUCGCCCCGGCCGCUGCGGGGACCAGCGGAGCGGGCGGAAUGCUGCGGCUGCUGGCGUCCGGCUGCGCCCGGGGCCUGGGGGGCGGCGCGGGCGCGCGGGGGCUGGUUCCUGGGGGCCGCGCGCGUCCUACCGCGGGGCUCUGCGACCCCGGCAGCAGCCAGAGCCGCCAGGCCUCCGACGCCCCCCGGAACCAACCUCCCAGCUCCGAGUUCGUGGCCCGGUCGGUGGGCAUCUGCUCCAUGAUGCGGCUGCCGGUGCAGGCCUCCCCCGAGGGGCUGGAUGCCGCCUUCAUCGGGGUGCCGCUGGACAUUGGGACCUCCAACAGGCCCGGGGCGAGAUUUGGACCCCGACGGAUCCGCGAAGAAUCAGUGCUGCUUCGGACAGCCAACCCUAGCACAGGAGCCCUCCCCUUCCAGUCCCUCAUGGUUGCAGACCUAGGCGAUGUGAAUGUCAAUCUUUACAACCUUCAGGACAGCUGCCGCCUAAUUCGAGAGGCCUAUCAGAAAAUUGUCGCAGCUGGCUGUAUUCCUCUGACCUUGGGUGGAGAUCACACAAUCACCUAUCCUAUAUUGCAAGCGAUGGCAGAAAAGCACGGGCCUGUGGGGCUGGUGCACGUGGACGCACACAUGGACACGGCGGACCAGGCCCUGGGUGAGAAGCUCUAUCACGGGACGCCCUUCCGCCGGUGCGUGGACGACGGACUCCUGGACUGUGAGCGCGUGGUACAGAUCGGCAUCCGGGGCUCUUCCAUGACCUUGGAUACCUACAGAUACAGCCGGAGCCAGGGCUUCCGGGUGGUCCUGGCUGAAGACUGCUGGAUGAAGUCACUGGUUCCUCUGAUGGGAAAAGUGAGGCAGCAGAUGGGAGUCAGACCCAUUUAUAUCAGCUUUGAUAUCGACGGCUUGGACCCUGCCUAUGCCCCAGGGACAGGGACACCCGAAAUUGCUGGUCUCACUCCUAGUCAGGCUCUGGAGAUCAUCCGGGGGUGUCAAGGCCUGAACGUGGUGGGUUGUGAUCUUGUGGAGGUUUCACCGCCGUACGAUCCUUCUGGAAACACAGCCCUCGUGGCGGCUAACCUGCUGUUUGAAAUGCUGUGUGUUCUCCCCAAAGUGACAGUCGCCUGAAUCUUGUGCUACGAUGUUCAAGAUAAAACAAGAGCUUGCCUGGAUGACAAAUGCUCCAGAAGAACUUACGUGCAAGCAAUCUGAGUACUAAAGAGUUUAUGCCAAUAAAACGUUCUGCUCACAGUGUCA